UAUCCCCCUUCUGUAAAACAAAUUUUUAUCAACCACCUCCUUUUACUCAAACUACCCAGCAACCUCGAACUAUCAACACUCAAACCAUCUGCUCAAGGCCCUCGUCUUCCAGCGCAUUAAACCUGUCCAAGACCCUGUGUUUAAGCUGCCUUAGGUUGUUCCAAGUACCUCAAAAUACAUCAAAAUAGAAACUGCGAGCACUCCGACAAGAGGAUAAUUCUCAACUCUAAAGGCUAAAAAUACAGUUGUCCUCGACCGUUGAAACGAACAAUACACAACAGAGGAAGGGAAACACACCGCACUACGUUGAAGCAAUACAAGGCGUAAGACCGUUCAAACUGUUGAAAGUUGAAGAAAUAUAUAUUCCGAUCCAGCUGGCAAAUUUCUGUGUUUUUCUACAACAAGAACCCACCAGAGAACUCGCAUAUAAGCACUGUACUCUCGACUGGAAAAUAUGUUUUCGUUCCAGCCACAAGAGUAUACGCUGAAACAAACUGAAGAGACAUUUAGGUCAGUACCAUCUUCGAAGACGUUCACAAACUCCUUCUCCGCGAUCGAAGAAGCGAAGGAAGGUCAGUUCAUGGAUUCGAUGAGGGUGCAGAACAACAACCCAUUCGAAGAAUCUAUGAGACAGGCGAACUUGAGAGAUAAAGUAUCCUCUGAAGCCGCACUCUUGGAACCUUGUCCCCCAUUCCUUCAACAGCAGCAACAUUCAAAGCAGGAUUCCUGCAACUCUGUAUCGUCGAUCGACACAACGUUUAGCCAUAGGCUACGGCGGUUCAACUCUUCCUCGUCCGUAGGAUCACAGCAGAGUGUCGGUACUUUCAACGGGUUACCACUAUCGCCCACCACGACAUCUGGGAUGUUGAAAAAAGUGGCUAAAUUUGCAUUACAACCGGGCGUGAAGUUGUUGAAGAAUGAGGACACUGCAGAGCUGAUGUCUUCCCCAACUGACAGUACUUUCUUCAUCGACGUUAGACCGUUUACCGAGUUCAACUCGGGUCAUGUGACUAACUCAAUCAACUUAAAUAUACCAUCGACGCUUUUGAAACGCCCAAAUUUCACCUUGCAGAAGUGUUUGGGUAAUAUAACGUUUGGUGAUAACGUGAGACUGACCAAUUUCUUGGAAUCUCAUGAAAUUCCACACAAGAGAAUCGUGUUUUAUGAACAGUACGAAAUUAUUAAUGGUGAAGUGCCUCUUACUCUUUAUGGGUGUCUGAAUAAGUUUAUCAAUGAUGAGAGCUGCGACGCAGAACUCUGUGUCGUUGAGUCAGGCUUCCAGUCUUUUGGAUCGCAAUAUCCCGAGUUUGUUGAUAAUGCUCGAGUCAGCACAUCCUCAUCGCAACAAACAGAACUGAAACCACCACCUCAUGGCCGAUCUUUAUCACUGGCUAACAUACCAAGUACAUUGUCAGUUUCACCAAACUUGGCAAGGUUUCAUUUGCCAAAAAUCCCUCAAACACCAGUGUUCAAGAUUCGUCAUAAUGAAGAGUUUUACGAUUUUGACAAUUACAAAGUCCUUAAUGAGUUCAAAUUCCUUAGCUUGGCUAUGAAUCACUCAACCAGCGACAAGACACCAAAAUGGUUAACCAAUUUGUUUGAACAUAGUUCUAAGUUGUCCUUAAUUGAAAAGUUCAAAUCUUUGGAGAUUGAAGAGAGAAACCGUAUCAAUGCGAUGAUCUCAUCUGAUGGCGUUGGAUCUGGAAUCGAGCUUGGCUUCAAAAAUAGAUAUAAGGAUAUUUUCCCGUACGAACAUUCAAGAGUGAAAUUGGCCAGCACGCCCACUCAUGAAAGCCAUGAUUACAUCAAUGCUAACUUUGUAAGUGCUCCAAAUGUGUCGAGGAUGAAGUACAUUGCGACACAGGCGCCUUUGGAAUCUACAGCCAAGGAUUUUGCCAAACUAUGCCACGAUAACAGAGUUGAAUUAAUUAUCACUUUAACAAGCCAAUUCGAAAAUGGUGUGGAGAAAUGCUACCCAUAUUGGGACGAUAUCAACUUCGACCUCUUGGAGACUUACAAAUCCGACGAAAUGGUCAUUAGAAGGUUGAAGUCGAACCCGUACAAUGAAGACAUCCUACAGAUACAAAUCCUUAACUGGUCAGACCUGGAUGUUUUGCUGAACUCACAGCAAGAUGACGUUUUAAAAUUGAUCUACUUAAAGAGCAUGAUUCUUGAACGUCUGCACAAGACCAAUGACAACGUAAUCGUCCACUGUUCUGCUGGGUGUGGACGCACAGGGACGUUUUGCACGUUGGACUCCAUCAUCAAUGAGCAAUUUGUCACUGACAAAAGUUCGAUUGAAGGUUAUAAUGUCUUUGAUCCUGUUUUCGAGACUGUUGAAACUUUUAGAAAUCAACGUAUAUCGAUGGUGCAAAAUUUGAGACAGUAUUUGUUUAUCUAUGACUGUUUAUUGAAUUACUACGAGAACUUCAAUGGGUUUUCGAAUGAAGUCUUUCAUCUAUUGGACAAUUUGGAGAUAUUGGUACAUUUUUUCCAAAAAGAGUCCACCACCGUUUUGGCAACGAAAAAAUUAUCCAUCAGUUGUUGAUUCACGUACACUAAUGAUCACCCCCUUCACACUGUUCCUUUUAGAAGUUUUAGUUGGUUUCCUGUUCUACGCUUUUUGGUAUUCUGUUUGUCUUUUGUUUUGUUUCUUAUUCUCAUAUUCUAAUGAAUCUUA